CACCACCUACCUGUUGGUUCAUUCAGCAAACAUGGCGAGCGGCGGAGGUGUUGCAGUAGCUUCCUUGUGGACCGAAGUGAACCGCUGCGGCCAAAGCGGAGACUACACACGCGCUCUGAAAGCUCUCACAAAGAUUUUACACGAGAACAGGGAUGAUGUGACGGCCCUUCACUGUAAAGUAGUGUGCCUUGUUCAGACAGGAAGCUUCAAAGAGGCGCUGAAUGUGAUGAACACUCACUCUAAAUCGCUCGGCAGUGAUGUUGUGUUUGAGAAGGCGUACUGUGAGUACCGGCUAAACCGAGUGGAAAGCUCCCUGAAGACCAUAGAAAGUGCUCCUGAACAGACGGACAAGCUGAAGGAGCUUUACGGUCAAGUGUUGUACAGACUGGAGCGCUAUGAGGAGUGCAGGUCAGUCUACACGGAUCUGAUCAGGAAUUCCCAGGAUGAGUACGAGGAGGAGAGAAAGACCAACCUUGCUGCUGUAGUUGCUGCAAUGAGUCAGUGGGAGAAGGCAUCAAUGGAGGAUCUUGGACUUCCUGAGUCUACGUAUGAGCUGUGUUACAACACAGCCUGCGCUCUGAUUGGCCAAGGACAGCUGACUGAAGCUUUCAAUAAGUUACGGCAAGCAGAAGAGCUUUGCAGAGUCUCACUGGCCGACGAUUCUGAUGUAACUGAAGAGGACAUAGAGUCAGAGCUUGCUAUCAUCCACUCUCAGAUGGCAUACAUUAUGCAGUUACAGGGUCGAACAGAUGAAGCUCUGCAGCUCUACAAUCAGGUCAUCAAGCUCAAACCUUCUGAUGUGGGCCUGCUGGCCGUGACGGCCAACAAUAUCAUCACGAUAAACAAGGACCAAAAUGUGUUUGACUCAAAGAAAAAAGUGAAACUGACAAACGCAGAAGGUGUUGAGUACAAGCUGGCAAGGAAGCAGCUGCAGGCCAUCGAGUUCAACAAAGCCCUGCUGGCCAUGUACACUAACCAGGCUGACCAGUGCAGGAAACUGUCCUCCAGUCUUCACUCUCAGAAUCCAUCUCACCCGCGGCCGGUCCUAAUCCAGGCAGCUCAGCUGUGCAGAGAGAAGCAGCACAGCAGAGCCAUAGAGCUCCUACAGCAAUUUUCCGAUCAGAACCCAGAGAGUGCAUCUUGUAUCAAGCUAACAAUGGCGCAGCUGUAUUUAGUACAAGGUCACGUUACCAAAGCCUGUGAUGUUCUGAGGUCCAUUGAGGCGUUUAGGCACAAAGCAGGAAUGGUUUCAGCUUUGGUGGCGUUGUAUUCUCAUGAAGAAGACAUCGACGGCGCUAUCGAUGUCUUCAAGCAAGCUAUUGAGCAUUUUCAGUCUGAACAGCCCGGAUCUGCUGCACACUUGGCUCUGGUGAGAGAAGCUGCAAAUUUCAAACUGAAGCAUGGACGGAAAAAAGAAGCCAUCAGUGACCUGGAGCAGCUGUGGAAACAAAACACAAAGGAUGUUCACACCCUGGCACAACUCAUCUCUGCUUAUUCACUGGUGGACACCAAUAAAGCCAAAUCCCUCAGUAAACACCUUCCGUCUGCAGAAACCAUGUCCUUCAACGUGGACGUGGACGAGCUGGAGAACUCCCACGGCGCCACAUUUGUCAGGAAAAAGGCCGGUAAAGUGGUGGGUGAAAGCCUUCCCAAAGAGCCAGGCCAAGUAGAGCUCAAGAAGAAGAAGAAGAAAAAGAAAGGCAAGCUGCCCAAGAACUAUGACCCCAAUGUGACCCCUGACCCCGAGAGGUGGCUUCCUAUGAGGGAGCGCUCCUACUACAGAGGGAAGAAGAAGGGCAAGAAGAAGGAGCAGAUAGGAAAAGGAACACAGGGAGCAAUGGCAGGAGCUUCAGCUGAGCUCGACGCCAGUAAGACUGCUAGCAGCCCCCCCACCUCCCCGAGACCAGGCUCUGCUUCUGGAUCGUCCACCGCUCCCAGCAGCAGUGGAGUGGUCCCACCUCGACAGCAGAAACCUUCGUCCUCUGGAGCCACCCGCAAGAAAGCACCACAGAAGAAGAAGAAGGGGGGCAAAGGGGGCUGGUAGUAGCAACCUCUGAUUGGCUGAGAUGUUUUGUUUCAACCUUUGCCUUUUUUCCCCCUCUGUUCAGAUAAUUUAUUCAGACAUAAAACAAUGCUCUUUGCUUUUCUCUAACUAAAUCUUUUUGGUACCAAAUAAAAUAACAGGUGAAUAUUUAAAGGGCAGUUCCACUCAAAUGUGCUUUAUGUUGUUCCAUUUAAACAGUGUUAAUGCUUUUAUUCGCUUGUGACCUUUUGAGGUCUCUGAUCAAGAGCACUACAAAUGAAAUCAGAUAUGUUUGCAGCCAGUGAAGUUCUACAGGUGUAUUUUUCUAUCUCUGUGACUGUUGUGUUGUACAGCUUCUGUAGAAGACAUGUACUAGACAAGGUCAGAUUAAAUGAUCAUCUACUCAGUAAGAAGAAAAAAAUCAAAUCUUAAGUCAUGGCAGUUAUUCAGAUCAUUUUUAACUAUCACAAACUUCGUAUGUUAUAUUUAAAAAGGUUUCCUUCUAAUCUGCAGAUUUUUGAUUGGCUGUGUAAGUACAGCUUUUUAUUUCAUAAUGUCAAGUCUUCAUUUUAGGGGAUUGUCCUUUAGGAUUUCAAAAUCAACUCUUGUUUUUAUGUUCUUGUACUUUUUUUUUUUUUAUUUGUUUGCUGUUGGAAACGUUAUUUUUGGAAUUGGGGGGAAAAAACUGAUUCCUUUUUUGGCCAAGCAGGUCACAUUUGUUACAUCUCAAUAAAACUCUGAACAGUGA